UUUUGUUUCCAUUAGUGACAGACAGUAACCUUCCUAAAUCCCUAUUAUUAAAAGGGAUUUUUUAUUCCUGAGGUACUGUUCUAAAGACAGCUCAGGAUUUUUUCUCCAUUUUGGGUAGUGCUUAUUGUGCUUGUGAUUUGUAUCAUCCCACUACCACUGUAAAUUACUGCAGGAAAAAGGAAGUACACCAGUGACAGAAAGAAGAACAGCAUGAGCCAGCGUGCUCACCCUCCCAUAAGGUGGAAUUAGCCACUUGUGGGAUAAUUUUGCUCUCACACAUUGCACACUGCAGGGUACUAGAGUGGCUCUAAAGGAGAAGUUGGUAGCUGCUGAUUCUUUGCUUCUGUAGUUGAAAGACUGGGUGCAGGUAGGUGAAAUGGCGUUGUAGAAAAGCAGAGAAACUGGCAUCAGAAUGAGCCUGACUGUGGAAAUGCUUUCCUUUUUCUUUCUGUUCUGUACAGGUUUAAUUCCUUUGUAUUCUGUGGCUUUGCCUCCACUGCAUUGGAUAAUAAUGACCCUAAAGGACUAUAAAGUAACAAAGAGAGAAAAACAUCAAAUCUCUAGUCUUGCACGUGGUGAGGUUUCCAGUCUCUGAGAGUCUGUGCCUUUUUCCAGUAAGGAUAAGGUGCUGAUGAGACUGCAGACCUGCAAAAGGAAACUACAUAAAAUGGUUGUGUGAAUAGCACUGAAAGGGAAUAAUGCUGCUGGGAGACUGCAAUGGAUUAUGCUAGGGAACAGUCCUGAAAUGAUGCCAUGCAGUUUUCUUUGAGAAAGAAGUAUUACCAAGGAUGCUCUGAAUGUGGCACAGCGUGUUCUAGUGACUGCUGCAGUGGUGCUGAUGUGAAAACCCCACAUUCAGCUCAGCAUGACUGAACUCUAUAGCAAAGCCUUGGAUUGCUGGAAUGGUGAAAGAGCGAAGUCUCAUUGUAGCCACAAUGGCAACAUCAUCUGAAGAAGUGUUGCUGAUAGUGAAGAAGGUGCGUCAAAAGAAGCAGGAUGGGGCCCUGUACCUGAUGGCUGAACGCAUUGCGUGGGCACCUGAGGGCAAGGACCGUUUCACCGUCAGCCACAUGUAUGCAGACAUCAAAUGCCAGAAAAUCAGUCCAGAAGGUAAAGCUAAAAUUCAGCUGCAGCUGGUAUUGCAUGCAGGGGACACAACCAACUUCCACUUCUCCAAUGAAAGCACAGCAGUGAAGGAGCGAGAUGCGGUCAAGGAUCUUCUUCAACAACUGUUGCCCAAGUUCAAAAGGAAAGCUAAUAAAGAACUUGAGGAGAAGAACAGAAUGCUGCAAGAAGAUCCUGUUUUGUUUCAGCUCUAUAAAGACCUUGUUGUGAGCCAAGUAAUCAGUGCUGAAGAAUUCUGGGCCAACCGUUUAAGCCUGAAUGCAGGGGAUAAUUCUGCAGCACCUCAUAAGCAGGAUGUGGGCAUCUCUGCAGCAUUCCUGGCUGAUGUACGGCCUCAGACAGAUGGCUGCAACGGGCUGAGGUACAACUUGACUUCAGAUAUUAUUGAAUCUAUAUUUCGGACAUACCCUGCAGUGAAAAUGAAAUAUGCAGAAAAUGUUCCACAUAACAUGACCGAGAGGGAAUUCUGGACACGGUUUUUUCAGUCUCAUUAUUUUCAUCGGGACAGGCUCAAUACAGGCUCAAAAGACCUCUUUGCAGAAUGUGCCAAACUGGAUGAGAAAGGCUUAAAAGCGAUGGUGUCUCAAGGAGUGAAAAACCCUCUGAUAGAUUUAACAGCUUUGGAAGAUAAAACAUUAGAUGAAGGCUAUGGUGUUGCUUCUGUGGCCUCUACAUCAAAUGCCUCAAAGUCCGCUAGAGAAAGUAGCAAUGCUGCCAUCAUAAAACGCUUUAAUCAUCACAGUGCCAUGGUCCUUGCAGCUGGCCUCAGGAAACAAGAAGCACAAAAUGACCAUUACAGUGAGACCAGCAGUACGGAUGGAAACUCCAGGGAUUCAGAUUUCUUUCAGCCACCACUGAAAAAGGUAAAACUGCAGGAGGCCAUUGAAUACGAAGAUUUAUCAAAGAAUAAUAGCGUUAAAACUAUUGCACUAAACUUAAAGAAAUCUGAUAGGUAUUACCAUGGUCCAACUCCAAUUCAAUCACAGCAAUAUGCAACCAGUCAGGAUAUAAUUAAUUCAUUUAAUAGUAUUAGACAAGAAAUGGAAGCAUAUGUACCCAAACUAACUCAGGUUCUUUCAAGUGGUGAUGCUGCCAGCACUAUUGCAGUCCUGUCACCUGGAGGAGCACUUAUGCAGGGUGGAACACAGCAAGCCAUAAACCAGAUGGUGCCAAAUGACAUUCAGUCUGAACUGAAACACUUGUAUGUGGCAGUAGGGGAACUGCUACGACACUUCUGGUCCUGCUUCCCUGUUAACACACCAUUCCUAGAAGAAAAGGUUGUGAAAAUGAGGAGCAACUUGGAAAGAUUUCAGGUUACAAAGCUCUGCCCAUUCCAAGAAAAGAUUCGGAGACAAUAUUUAAGCACAAAUUUGAUAAGUCAUAUAGAAGAGAUGCUGCAGACAGCCUACAAUAAGUUCCACACGUGGCAGUCCCGGCGCAUGCUGAAGAAGACGUGAGGGCACAUCCUGUACAGGUCUGAGAGAAAAGCCUGCAAUAGGGUAGGACUACAGCCUAGGUAUGUGCAGAUCUUAGAGUUGUUGCAGGAAGACUGCAAGCUGUGGACUUCUGGAAAUGAUGCUAACUGAACUUGCACAUUUUUGAAAAAGAACUGAGAUUAAACUUGAAAACUGGGGAGAAAAGGAAGAACCAAAAUGGAAGAGCUGAGGCGCAAAUAUAUUUAAAAGACACUGUUUACUGCAGUUACUCAGGAACUGCUUUUGAUUUGCAUAAAGAGCUGCUUUCAGAAAUAAAAAACUUAAAGAGGGUGUAUUAAUA